CAAAGGCUGCCAGACUUUGAAGGAUCUCAUGAAAUCUUUGGAUCCACGUAAGAAGGAAACAACAGGAAACUCUCGUGCAGCUGGUCUAAACUGUACCUGCUUAGACAGCAGCUGUGUCACAGUACGGACGAAGUUUCACAAGAAGGCGUGUUUCGUUUGUCAAGCAAAUUGAAUUUACCGUACAUUCACGAACCAGUUUGAGCUGAUAUUUACAAAACUGACAAUUACUUUGACGCUACAUUUCACGGAAAGGGCUUGCUGGUAGAUGAAAUCAGCGACUCAGUUUUCACCGAUUUCAGGUCGGAUUAAAGUACAGCCAACUGCAGCUGUCCAGCAUGUCGGGGAUGACGGCCAGUACACCAAACUACCUGUGGUCUUUACAGGAUGUCCUUGGCCAAGGAGCUACUGCCAGUGUCUUCAAGGCACGCAACAAGAAAUCGGGUGAACUGGUGGCUGUCAAGGUGUUUAACAUGGUGAGCUACAACCGUCCCCAUGAGGUCCAGAUGAGAGAGUUUGAGAUGCUGAGGAAGCUCAACCACAGCAAUAUUGUCAGGCUAUUUGCUGUGGAAGAGCUGCCCUCUAAACAGAAGGUGCUGGUGAUGGAGUAUUGUUCAGGAGGAAGUCUGCUCAGCCUGCUCGAGGAGUCAGAAAACGCCUUUGGCCUACCUGAAGCAGAGUUCCUCACAGUUUUGCAGUGUGUAGUGCAGGGGAUGAACCACCUGCGGGAAAAGGGGGUGGUACACAGAGACAUUAAGCCGGGCAACAUCAUGCGGCAGGUUGCGGAGGACGGCAAGUCGAUUUACAAGCUGACUGACUUUGGAGCAGCAAGAGAGCUGGAAGAUGAUGAGAAGUUUGUGUCUAUUUACGGGACUGAAGAGUAUCUGCACCCAGACAUGUAUGAACGUGCUGUGCUGCGUAAGCCUCAACAGAAGUCCUAUGGUGUGAGCGUAGACCUGUGGAGUAUUGGUGUGACAUUUUACCACGCUGCCACUGGGAGUCUUCCCUUCACACCGUACGGAGGACCCCGCAGGAACAAGCCCACCAUGUUCAAAAUAACUACAGAGAAGCCCACAGGAGCAAUAGCUGGAGUGCAGCGGAUGGAUGGCGGGCCUAUAGAGUGGGGCUACCGCCUCCCUCACAGCUGCCAACUCUCACAGGGUCUGACGGCACAGCUGGUUCCAGUUCUAGCUGGUAUAGUGGAGGCUGACCAAGACAGGUGUUGGGGUUUUGAGCAGUUCUUCAAAGCCACCACAGACAUCCUGCAGCGGCAGCCAGUUCACCUCUUCUCUCUGCAACAGGCCAUGGAACAUUGUAUCUACAUACACCACUACAGCACGGUGUCUGUAUUCUUUGAGGAAGUGGCGGCUCAGACUGGUAUCGCAGUUCAGCUGCAACACCUGCUGUACCUGGGUCACGACCUCCCUCUGGAGGGCAACAUGAAGGUGGUCAACCUCCCACCUACCACACCUGCCCGGCCCCUCAUCCUGCUCAGCUACGGGCCUGAAGCAAACGCCAGCCUGCCCUUCAGAGAACCAGAGACUCCAAUCAUCCCGUCCAGGUUUGACGUUCUGGCAGACUACAAUUUCUCUAAGGUAAUGGUGGGAGUGGUCCACCAGUAUCUGAGGAUAAUAAAGUUGCUGCACACACACCAAGAGCUGCUGCUGCAAGGAUAUUACAGCUACAUGAUGAGGCUGCGAAGAGAGUGUGAAGAAGCGAUGCACAGUAUCGCCAUGGUCACCGUCAGACUGCAGUCUUGUCUCAAUGUAGAACACAGGACUCACACACUAGGCCAUUAUGAUUCUGAAAACCAGGGUUCAGCUGAUGGCAGGCAAAAGCUGCAUCUGGUCCGUGAGCACUUGCCUAUUUACGCUGGCGGUAUCCAAGAGUUUCAGAACCGACUGGACCAUCUGCAGAUCGAACAGGCCAAGUUAGCAGAGACGCUGGCCAGUGACAAGAGCUGUCAGAAGAUGGAGAUGCUGCUGCAGAAGAUAAUGGCAAUUCAUCAGCAUUACCGCAAAGACAGAAUGACUGGCAAGUUGGCGUACAAUGACGAGCAAAUCCACAAGUUUGAGAAACUCCACCUGUCGGCCCACAUUAAGCGAGUGAAAUCUCUCCUUAAAGACGACUGCGUACAGAGAUACAAAGAGCUUUUGGCCUCAACAAGGACAUGGAGCAGUGUGUUGCUGGAAAUGCAGACUCGACUCCAGGACUUCUGCUCUUUCUCCACUGGCUUGUUGGCAGACCUGGAGAUGAGUGAGCAGCGGCAAAAUACUGCUCUGGACAGAAUCCUUUCCACUCUGCAGUCCACUGGAACAGGACCACAGCCUGAAAUUGCACCUAGAGACAAGGACCAGAUGGUUAAUAGGAUGCACCAUCUAAAGCAGGACAUGGAGAUUUUGGUCAGGGAACUACAUCAUAACAACAGCAUUAUUGAGAGUCUGGGAGCAGGGAACCCUGCAGAGUCGAGCUUGGCCAGACCGUCUACACUGUGACAAAAGUGCCUCAUCUUAACAAACAAACACACACACACACACUCUGGCAAGCACUGCAUUUAAACACCCACUCACCCAACAGUUAUGGACGAUGCAUUGAAUCUUCUUUUCAAGGUCAUUCUGUAUGGAGAGGAAGCAGGCGAAGACAAUCGAUAAAAUGUGAAUCUCAAUUUAGAGAUAAGAUGCACAGAAUGGAUGAGGAGGAAAUGCCACUGAUGGGUUUUGUGUGUGUGUGUGUGUGUGUGUGUGUGUGUGUGUGUGUGUGUGUGUGUGUGUGUGUGUGUGUGUGUGUGUGUGUGUGUGUGUGUGUGUGUGUGUGUGUGUG